ACGGAAUAACAAUUGGUAAAGAUAUUCUACUUUCCAAAAACAUGACAGUCUGAUAAAUAUAUUUAUAAUUUAGCUAGAAACGUUCAGACAAGGAAUUGGGAAAAGAGCACGAGGAAAACUUAUAUCCGAAGCGAAUGUCGAACGGAAACGAAAUAAAACAGCAUUGGAAAAAUUUGAAAAUAAAAAUAUAUUCAAAAAAAGUUUUUGAAAAACAUCCCCACCUCAAACUCUUGAUGAAAACCCUUAAACCUUUAAAGGAACUUAUUUUCUGCUUUUACAAGGGUUUUCAUCAAGAGUUUGAGUAUCGCAUAAUAUUUAAACGACUUUUUUUCAUAUCUCAUAAAAUGUUUUAUGAUUUUCCUCCACAAAACAUUUGGAACAGAGAAGAUGGAAAUAACUUUACACGUUGGGUUGAGUUGAUAUGUGGCUUGCCAAUGUUACUUUCAAAUUGUCUCACAUUAGUGCGACAUAUCGAAAGAAGAAAAACAACAUUAGAGAUGCAUAGUAGAACCGCCCACAAAAUCAGUGAAAGUUAG